AUGCGAUCGUCACUCGUUUCUGCGGGCCACGGCCUUGCCUUGCUUUCUGUGUUGAACUUUGCCAAUGCUGGUCUUAUGAAAAAGCGCCAAACGGGACAGACUUGUUACACAGACGAUGCAUACAUGCAGAUCUUUUCCUACGAGCCAAAUCAGCCUGCAGUGAACACCUUGUGUGCCAGUCUCCUUGGGGUACCAAUUCCGACACAGGUUGUUGCCAUCGUCAAUACGACCACAACGAUUUUCAAUGCGCCGACUAGGACAAUCACCAUCACUUCGCCCGUCUAUGUGUCAGCGAGCACGGAAACCGUGACGACCACAGAGUUUGACAAUGCCGUCCCGGCAAAGCAUCGCCGCGGCAUACAGGCGCGCCAAGCAAUGACCACGACCCUACCACCACCAAAGUUCGAUGCGAAUCUGCCUCUAACUAGUGCUUGUUCCUGCCGCUCGAUCUACCCUGGUCUCUCAUUGAACCCCAUAGAUGUCAUUGCGACCAAUGUUAACACAAAAACGGUAGACGGCUUCACCACGGCCAAUAUCAACAACACGAUCACGCAAUCGGGCACGACGACUGUGACCGUGACUGAACACCAGAACAUGACUCUUACAACCGUGGACACGGCAACGACCUCGACCGCCUCUGCCACACUGACCACGGAAAUUACAACGUCCGCGACCACAACCACGGAGUCUGAAACGACGACGUCCUCAUCCACUUCUGAAUCUACAUCCACAGUGUCAGCAACAUCAAGCACAACCUCGUCGAGUUCUGAGUCAGAGGUCACCACAACAAGCAGUUCCUCAGGUGUCUCGGUCGAGCCAGAAAGUACCAGCACUAGCACAUCCAGCUACACAGAUAUCUCAACGACAGAGGCUACAUCUACGUCGGCCACUUCCACAGCCACUCCAUCAGCUUGUCCGGGUAAGGACGGCACAGUGUACAGCCAAAAUCCUGACGACUGCACCGAGUACGAGUAUGUCUGCGGUCGCUCGUAUGAGGAAGAUUCUUUCAUCGCUUCGUUUAAUUGGGAUACCCCAGAAUUAUGCAGCGAUGCUUGUGACGAAAGCACCUUGCCUUGCGUUGGUGUCGUCUUCUUCGCAGAUGUUGAGAAAGCGAGCUGCCGCCUCUUGAAAUCGCUUGACGGUCCGAUUGACGACCCUGCGGCUGUUGCCCUCCUCAAACGUCCGAGCACAGACGGGUCUUGCGGUUCAACCACCUCGUCGACGGUAUCCGCAACCAGCACCACCUCCGGCGGGUAUGAAUGGGGAGGAUAUAAUUGGAAUACAUCAAGCACUACUUCAUCGUCUUCUCAGCCGCUUGAGGAUACUUCAGCGACAACGAUGACGACCACGUCGACGGAGAGCACCACCGAGACCUCCUCGACCUGGACGUACACGACUACCACGCCUGCCCCUGUGACGGAUACUAGCACGACUCCCAUAUAUCCAAAUACCACGAGCAGCACGUCUACUUACACUGUGAGCAUUUGGUCCGACUUCAACUUCACAGUAACCACUUCCGCAUACCCCACUACGACCUCGUCGUUCGAAGUCAAUGUGACCUCCACGGAAACGCCCUCCUACAACACCACAAUGACCACAUCCGAGUACACCACAACCACACCCGAAGUAACCACUACACCCAGCUACAACAGUAGCACGACUAUCCCGAGCUAUAAUACUACCACGACCACUGACUACAACACAACCACUACGACAUUCUCAGGCUACAACACGACCACCACAUCGAGCUACGCCACCUAUACUACAUCAAACAUGGAAAACGUGACCAGCACAACCACGGGUUACAACACAACUACCACUUCAUUCCCCGGCUACAACACAACCACCACAUCAAGCUACCCAACUUAUACUACAUCCAACAUGGAAAACGUGACCAGCACAAGCACCACCUCGUACAACACGACCACGACCCCGUACACAUACAACAUGACCUCAACAACCUCUGCCACCACUUGUCCGCCAGCUAACACGGUCACGGUCCCAACUUACAUCACGGACAUCAUGACCAUCACGUCCAACAUGACUGAGACAAUCACCAAGACCGUCACUGUGACUCCGACCCCGAAGAUGGAGAUGAAACCGAAAUGGCGCGCAUGGCGUGGAGCAUGA